AUGAGGAGGCCGUGCCCCGGAGCCAGGGGAAGGCCUAUGGGGGCCAGCUCGUCUCUGCCGCCACUGUUGCUGCCUCCGCUACUUUUGCUUCUGGGUAGCUUGUGGGCUUCUGGGACCCCAGCCAUGUCCGGGCCGGAGGAAGACGACGGAGCCCUCGCCAGUGGUCGCGUAAAGCGAGGCUGGGUCUGGAACCAAUUCUUCGUGGUGGAGGAGUACACGGGUACCGAGCCCCUUUAUGUGGGCAAGAUCCACUCCGACUCUGACGAAGGUGAUGGCUCCAUCAAAUACACCAUCUCUGGGGAGGGGGCCGGGACAAUCUUCCUGAUUGAUGAAUUGACCGGUGACAUUCAUGCCAUGGAGCGGCUCGACCGGGAGCAGAAGACCUUCUACACGCUCCGGGCCCAGGCACGGGAUCGGGCCACAGACCAGCUCCUGGAGCCCGAGUCAGAGUUUAUCAUCAAAGUUCAGGACAUCAAUGACAGUGAACCUCGCUUCCUGCAAGGCCCCUACAUUGGUAGUGUGGCUGAGCUCUCACCCAUAGGCACUUCAGUAAUGCAGGUGAUGGCAUCAGAUGCAGAUGACCCCACAUAUGGGAGCAGCGCUCGACUGGUGUACAGUGUCCUGGAUGGAGAGCAGCACUUCACUGUGGACAACAAGACAGGUGUGAUCCGGACAGCAGUGGCUGAUUUGGACCGGGAGAAACAGGAGCGCUAUGAGGUUGUGAUCCGGGCUACGGACAUGGCUGGUCAGCUAGGAGGCUUGUCGGGCUCCACUACAGUUACCAUCGUCAUUACUGAUGUCAAUGACAACCCGCCUCGCUUCCCACAAAAGAUGUACCAGUUCAGCAUCGUGGAGACAGCACCCAUUGGCACUGCCAUUGGGCGAGUGAAGGCUGAGGACUCGGAUGUGGGAGAAAACACUGACAUGACAUACCAGCUCAAGGACGAGGGCGGCGGGGACAUGUUCAAGGUCACAACAGACAGCAACACCCAGGAGGCCAUCAUCACUGUGCAGAAGCACCUGGACUUUGAGGCUCAGGCCACACAUACAGUGGUGCUCGAAGCCUUGAACAAGUUUGUGGACCCACGAUUUGUAGACCUGGGAACCUUCAGAGACCAAGCAAUCAUCCGCGUAACGGUGGUGGAUGUGGAUGAGCCUCCUGAAUUCCGGCCCCCCUCUGGGCUCAUGGAAGUACAGGAAGAUGCCCAAAUCGGCUCCAUUGUUGGUGUGGUAACAGCGUUGGACCCUGAUGCUGCCAACAGGCCUGUCCGGUAUGCCAUCGACCGUGACUCAGACUUGGAGCAGAUCUUCAACAUUGAUGCUGACACUGGUGCCAUUGUGACAGGCAAGGGAUUGGACCGGGAGACAGCAGGCUGGCACAACAUCACUGUGCUGGCCAUGGAGGCUGACAAUCACUCACAGGUCUCCAGAGCAUCCCUUCGGAUCCGGAUCCUGGAUGUGAACGACAACCCCCCAGAGCUGGCCACCCCUUAUGAGGCUGCUGUGUGUGAGGAUGCAAAGCCUGGCCAGCUUAUCCAGACCAUCAGUGUGGUGGACCGAGAUGAACCACAGGGCGGUCACCGAUUCUACUUCCGUCUGGUACCUGAGGCUGUCAGUAACCCUCAUUUCUCUCUGCUCGACAUCAAAGAUAACACAGCAGCUGUGCACACACAACACGUGGGCUUCAACCGUCAGGAGCAGGAUGUCUUCUUCCUCCCCAUACUGGUGGUGGACAGUGGACCGCCCACACUUAGCAGCACAGGAACCCUUACCAUCCGUGUAUGUGGCUGUGAUAGUGCUGGUGCCAUCCAGUCCUGCAACACCACAGCCUACGUGAUGGCUGCCUCCCUGAGCCCAGGGGCCCUCAUUGCUCUGCUGGUCUGCAUCCUCAUCCUGGUUGUGCUGGUCCUGCUCAUCCUCACGCUGAAGCGCCACCAUAAAAGCCACCUGAGCUCAGAGGAAGACGAGGACAUGAGGGACAACGUCAUCAAGUACAACGACGAAGGCGGUGGAGAGCAGGACACGGAGGCCUACGACAUGUCGGCGCUGCGGAGCCUGGGGCCCCGAGUCCCGAGCUGGACUUCUCCCUCUUCAGGGACUUCAUCAGCAGAAAAGUGGCGCUGGCGGAUGCGGACUUGUCUGUGCCGCCCUACGACGCUUUCCAGACGUAUGCGUUCGAGGGUGCGGACUCGCCGGCAGCCUCGCUCAGCUCGGUGCACACCCGCUCGAGCUCGGAGCAGGACUUCUCCUAUCUCAGCAGCUGGGGGCCACGUUUCCGCCCGCUGGCCGCGCUCUAUGCUGGGCACAGGGCAGAUGAGGAGGGUGACGCGUCCUAGCCCGCCCUUCCCCUCGGGGCUCCAUGACUCUGGCAUUGAGGCCGCCCCGAAAGACCAAAGCAUCCCGCACCAACCCGCCCGCUCACCUCAGUUCCCACUGUCUGGCCAAACCUCACUCGGAGAGCCUUGAGUUUGGGGGUGGGGGUGGGGAGGGUCGGAGACCAGAAAGAGGCCCGGGGCCCUUCCCCAGUCCUAUCCCUCUUCACCCUCAACUUCGUGCCCAGAGUUCGCGGGGAGCUCAGAGCGCGUGUCCCGUGGUCUCGUUCAAUCCGAUCUGUAUUAAAAGUCCCGCACUGAGAAUCCCGAGUGGCUAGGGGAAGGGGAGAUCCCGGAGCUUUCCAGACCGGGGCAUUCAGAGUGUGUCAGUGAAUUUUGGAUUUGGAGUACACUUUAACCUUUAGAGACUUAGGGAAGUGGGGGUUGAUCCGUCAGAAAGUGGGGCCUGGGCCGUAGGGGGCCUUGUCUCUGGUAUCUCCCCAGCUCUUUAGGGGAGCUGGAUGCUGGGAAGAAGUGGGGAGCCUUUCUUGUUUAAAGGACAAUUACGUGGGAGACGUAUUCGGUUUCAGCAUGAUCCCUGAAGACAUAUAUAUGUAGGUGGUGGAGGUGGAGGUAGGAGGGUGAAAUCGAAGAGGCAGAGUACUCCCUGACGUUAGGAAAAGUUUCUAACAACGAGAUCUGUCCCAAAGUAGAAAGGACUGCUUCUGUACGUAGUGAGUGAGUCCCUGGUCAGCAGAGAUCAUCAAAGUGAAGGUCUGGAUGACUUCUUGUAAGGAAUAGUGUAAAGAGGAUUCCUUAUACCGGGAGACUGGACUGAGAGACCUCUGAGUUCUCCUCCUAGCCGCGAUUAUUACUACUUUGUAUGGGCGAGAAACACCCUUCUCCCCUUUCUCCCAACCUGAGGUCCCCUGCUCAAAGUGAAUGACCCACUAAGAUGCAGCGUCCCAUAUUCAAUUCAACAAGCGUUUAUUAACCUAUGUGUCAGGCACUGGGGAAUACCAAAGCAAAAAUGGAAGCCUCUGACCUCAAAGAAAUUAUAUUCUACUGGAAGGAAAAUAACAUGUACAAGUAAAUACAAAAUAUAGAGGGGGAUACUAACAACUAGGGGGGAUCAUAAAGGCCUUUAUUGGGAGGUGGUACUUGAGCUGAGCCCUGAAUGGAGCUAGUUAUUCCAGGAGGCAGAACCGAGCAUUUCAGGCACUGAGGACAGUCCGUGUGCAGCGGCAUGGAGACUGUAGAUGUCCUGUAGGAGCAACAUCAAGUUAGGCUGGAAGAGUCAGUGAAAAUGGGCAAUUUCCAAUAAGCCUGGAAACAUAGGUUGGAGCCCAAUUGUGAUGGGCUUAAAACACCAAAUAGAAUGUUGGGUUGUUUGUUUGUUUUUUUAAUCCUAGAGACAAUAGGGAGCCACUGAAGCUUCUUGCGCUAAGUAAUGACAUGAUUCUGUGUCUUGCAACCAACCACAACAAUCUGGACUGGGGAAGGGGGUGCAGAAUCUGGUUACGGGCGACUCAAGGUGAAUAAGAGAUACUCGGUGUUGAAGAAUGGGAUCGUCUGAGCCAUCCCUUAAUCGUUCGGAGGCCCUCUAUGCGUGGGUCUCUGAACACUAAGGAAAGUUCCUGAGCCCCUAAACAAGCAGAGUAAGACCUCACCUGGAGUGGCGACCGGCCAGGCUGGGGGUGGGGGGUGGAGACUCGGUUUUCCUUCCUUUUCUCCGUUCCCUUACCUCUACCCUCCGCGUCUCCAAGGUACCGUUACCUUUGGGGCUGCGCAGGCGCAGGGAGAGGCCAGGAUCCAGAAUGCCAGGUGCGGUUAGCGCCUCUGGGGUGUGAUUCGCAAAGAGAUGGAUGGAGCCGCCAGGCUGGUUGGCGGGGGCCAAGGAAAGAAGGGUGGAGAUCUUUAAUCUAUCCGCCCCCGGAGACCGAUCCAUCUCUCCUAGACGUGGGCGACUGCAAGGGAACGUUGGAAGAAAGGGAGAACUGGUGGCUGCGGGGGAGGUUCCAGCAAGGGAAAGCAAGAACCUAACCUCGAUGCCCUGGGCCUUGGCUGCCUCCUCCCUCCCCUCAUCUGCUAAGAGACGGGGAGAAACCAAAGAAAGAUGCAGUGUCCUUGCCUUCGUAGAGAAGAGAUAUGAGGACUGGCAGCACCUCAUGGGUGUCAAGGCCCUGUCCUGGGCUGGAGGGAAUAAUUAGCUGUAAAUUUGACUCAGUGUGGUGUAGACAACCUAGGAAGAAAUUUGCAGAUGAAGUCACAGAAUAUCAGAGCUGAAAUGGACUUUAGAACAACAUAGAAUGUUAGGGCCAGAAGAUUCCCUUAGAAAGAGGUUCUUAACCUUGUUUAGUUACCCCUUUGGCAGUCUGGUGAAGCCUAGGGACCCUUUCCCAGAAGAACGUUUUUAAAUGCAUAAAAUAAAAUACAGAGAAUUCUAAAGGAA